AUGGAUAGGAGGACAGUAAAGCAGGAUCCAGCUCGCGAUCUGACGGAAAGAUUUAAGAAAGAAGGACAUUUCGAUAAGCUAAAGCAAGAGAUAUUGGCGAAGACAAUAGAGUGCGGUGGUGACUCAAAGACUAUACAAGAGGCACUCAAGUUGUCGGUUUCUGAUGUUGUGCGACAGCUAGUAAAUGAAGAUGAAGAGAUUGUUUUCAAGAACAGGGGCUCGACAAGUGCAAUGCUCGAAGGUCAACUAAUAAAGAACAACUACGCCAAAAUAAAGGACUCUGAAUUUGGUGUGGAUGUUGAAAAGUUUGUAGGUGAGGCUCUGAGUGAUCCGGCCAUUAGAGAUGAGAUUAAAAGAGGUUUGGUUGAUAUGACCGCUGAUGAAAAAAAAGAAGAAGGCACUGAUAAAUUAAAUGUUGACGCUAAUGGGAACAAUUCAGAGAAAACUCAGGAGAUGGCCGACAAUAAUGGAGAGAUUGCCACUUGA